AAUAUAAUAUUUAAUAAUAUUAAUUAGCAUCUGGUUUAAUAAAUUAAAAAUCUACACAAUGACAACAAGUGUUAACACAAAUAUCGACGUUAAGACCACAUCGGGAACAGUGAGGGGUCAGACGGUGUCAGCGCUUGACACAGAGCUCUACCAAUUUUUGGCCAUACCUUAUGCUGAGCCACCGGUCGGUGCUCUACGGUUUGCAAAACCCGAACCCAUUAAAAAAGCCCGAGAUAGCGAGGACUGUCUUGUGCUAAACAUAUGGACCCCAACUGUGCCGACAGAUAACACGUCCAAAACAUCACUCAAACCAGUAAUGUUUUGGUUAUAUGGCGGCGGACUUAGCAUCGGUACCAUCGAUAUGUACAACGGCGGGCCAUUGGCCUCACACGGGGUGGUGUUUGUGGCCCCGAACUAUAGGGUCAAUCACUUUGGCUUUCUAUACGGCGAUCGGGAGGACGCGCCCGGAAAUGUGGGCUUUUAUGACCAGUUAUUGGCUCUUAAAUGGAUCACCAUUUUUGGUGAGAGCGCCGGCAGUUGGUCCGUAUCGGCGCACAUACUCUCCCCGCUAUCCAAAGGCCUAUUCAAAAGGGCUAUUAUGCAGUCGGGCGCCCAUAUGUACAAUAAGGACAGGGAUGUGAACAGCAAAGCCGAGGCCAUAGCCGAAGGCAAACGCGUGGCCAAAGAGUUGGGUUGCAGUGAAGGCGCCGAUUGGGUUCAGUACUUACGGACAGUCGAUGCCAAGGAUUUGGUGGAAAAAGCCAACCCAUUGACGUACCCGGUGUUGGGCACAGAGUUUUUGCCACUUUCUGCCCACAAAGCACUUCACAACAAUCAAUAUAAUAACGACAUCGAUCUAAUGGCGGGCAUCACCAGCACUGAGGGCUCGUCACUAUCCAAGCUAUUCAUAGCGCCGGACAAAGAGGUGUUCACUAUCGAUGACUUUGUGGCGGCUGUUAAGGCGUCGGACGCCAUGUUUCACGGCAUAGACGCCCAGAAAGUGGUCGACCACUACCUGAAAGGCGUGGACACGAGUAACACACCGGCGUUAAAGCGUGCUUUUUACGAAUAUUUUGGCGAUUUAUUCAUUAAAUACCCGACAUAUCUGUUCGCUCGACAAGUGGCCACCGGUGCCGGCGAUCGGCAUUCGGUAUACUUCUACGAACUCACGCAUCAAAAUCAGUUCUUCGCGCAGAUUCUUCAGUGCGAUACCGAAGAGUCGGGUAUCGGCCACGCGAUGGACAUACCCUUUGUCUUCGGUAUGCCUUUUGGUGGCCAAAUGGCCGCCGCUUUCGACGAAACCGAUCGCCAGUUUAGUAGAGAUGUGAUGCGGAUGUGGACUAACUUCGCGAAAUACGGUGUUGUGGGCGAUGGAAAUCCGGUGAUCGGCACGUAUGUGCCAGAGUAUGGCGUAAACGGAGACAACUGUGGCUAUAAAUACGUUACGAAUGUAUCGGAAAUACAAUACAAACAAUGCUUUCGAAACUACUAUAAAAGGACAAUAUAUGAGACUGUAUUCGGACACAAAGGCAACGAGUCAUGCGAUUCAAAGCCCGUGUACUCGUCGGACGCCAGUAGUCGUAUAUAUAAGGGCUCGGAGGGCGACUAUCUGGAGGCCCCCUGGGCUGUAAUGCUGGCGAUGAUGUCCGUUGAAAAACAUAUGAUUAAUCGCACCUUCAGUUACCAGCCAUUAUACCCAUUCAAUGCGACCGCAAAGCACAAACACGUCAGUCACGUUACUCACGUAAAGAGAAUGGCCUAUUCCUGCACCGGUGUAUUGAUAUCGGAGUACGUGGUGCUGACGGCCGCCCACUGUUUGAUACCGUAUUUAUUAAAACCCUAUUAUGUAUUGAGCGACAGUUAUCAACUGUGGGCUCACGGGGGAGGCAUGCGAGGGGCGGCCGGCCGGGUCAUUAUGGAGGCCCCUCAGGAGCACUGGCGCCCACACCCCGAAUACGUGGCGGCCUUACGUAAUAAAAGUGGCGCGUACACGGUGGAGUACAUGAAAUCGUACGAUGUGGGUUUGGUGCGGCUCAAGCAUCCCAUGCGCGCGCGUACCGACCAUAAGCUCCGGUAUGUGGUCAACACCGUGUGUCUGCCCGAGCGAUCGCCCGAUCGCAGUAAGUUUCUCGACGAGCUCUGGUUCUACGGGUACGGCGUCGAGCAGGAGGUGCCCAUGAAGUGGCCCAAGUGUGUCAAGAAGGCCAUGUUUUAG